AUGAGUACCCGCCUCCGCUCGCUAAGGGUGCUGGUGCCGGUGAGCGCGCUGUCUGCUGCAUAUCUUGCACCCGCGCGAGCACAGCAGCAGCCCGAGCCCAAUGAGACAACUCUCUCGACAAGGCUUGCAACGCAACUCGAAGAGUGGCUCGUGCCUUCCGACGGAGCGGAGAGCAUGGGACACAUGAUCAAGGAUUUACGGGACGCGGUUAGUGAGGACAUCCAAUUAUCGGCGGACGAGGGGAAGCGUCUGCCGCUGAACUUUCUCAUGGUCAAAGCCAUGCACGACCGCCAGCUCCUGGCCCGGAGAUCGCGGACGGCGAAAACGUCCGCACGGAACAGGCCCCGGGUGGAUCUUAGCCCCCGAGACCGAAGGACGCUGCGAAGAAGCGCCCACUACGUGCGUUUCGCGGCGGCCUCUUACGACGGCGUGGUGGACACCGUCAAAGAAAUCUUGGCUGAGGGGGAUACUCUGCCACCCCCCGACCUGUUUGCCAAAAGCAAUGACGACCUCCGAAAGUGGUGCAUAAGCAAGCGCACGGGCGUAGACCCAAGCGACGUGAAGGAGCUAACCACCAGCGACUCGUUGGAGACGCGAACGUACUUCGUUGCCGUGGACCACGCCUCCCGCUCCGUGGUGGUCAGCAUCCGCGGCACGUACAGCUUCACAGACACUAUGGUGGAUCUUCUGUGCAACACGGUCGACUUUGCAGGGGGCAAGGCCCACCAAGGAAUCUCGCGUAGCGCCGUGAGGGUUUGGACGGCUGUAAAGGGGGAGGUGGAAAAGCAGCUCAGGGAACACGACGACUACAAGUUGGUGCUGACAGGGCACAGUCUCGGAGCGGGCACGGCGAUCUUGUUGAAGAUUCUUCUGGAGCGAAACGCGACGGAGGCUUUCAAGAGAAGCUUCAGACUCGCGAAAGACAAGACGGCGGCGAACGCGGCAAGGCUCGACGUCGGCCGCCCGGUGCGCGUGGAGUGCUACGCCUUCGCGCCGCCGCCGGUGUUCUCGGUGCGUGGGGCAACGUGGAUGCGGGACGUGUACUCCUUCGUCAACGGGGCUGAUUGCGUUCCAACCAUGAGCCUGGGGUCGUUGUACAGCUUGUGCCGAACGAUCCAGCACGUCGACAAGCUCCCGCUGGACGUCUACAAGCGGGCUGAGUUCGUGCUGGACUCUCGGGUGCGCGUUCAGCAGAGCGAGCAAGGGAUCGGGGCGGCAGGGAACGAGGAUUACAGACGCAAAAUCGCAAGCGAUAUCCUGGGACUGCGCGCGCACCCUUCCCUCGCGUUCCUCGCUGGCGACGCUUACGACACCGCCGACGAUGAGUACGAUGAUGAUGAUGACGAAGAGGAAGAAGGAAACAUGCUCGCUGAGGAGGUCAUCGGCGGCGAAGAAGAGGGGGACCAAGCGACGGAAGAGAACGAAGACAGCACCAGCAUCAGCAGCUACCUCAGCGCCAUCAGGGCGCAAGUCGUUCGGAGCACGAUCUCCAAGUUUGGGGAGGAGUGGGCGAGGUUCACGCAGGACGUGGGGGAGGCCACCGAGAGCCUGCUCGCCGCCGUAAACACGGCGGGAUCCUCGGCGGAAAGCCUCUACAAGGACGUCAGCCGCGUCACGGACGGCGUACGCAGCAUGUCGUCCGACGAGGUCGUCCUGACUCUCUUGCUCCUCAACAAGCUAGCGACGGGGGGUGGACCCUCCCCGGAUGAGAUGCUCCCCAUGGUCGAGAGAUGCGAACGGGAAGGGGUUAGGCCGCGAGGGGGCAAGCGCCGUUCCUCCGACACGAUGACGGUCGGAGAUCUGAUCAUCCCGGGCGUCGUGUUCUUGUUGGAAGGGUGGGAUGGGGAAAGCGGGUCUUCGGCCGGAAAGGGCGGCUUGGUGACGGUGCGGAAGACGAACUCGGAAGAGCUGGGAGGCAUCCGCCUCAACAGCAACAUGAUGACCGACCACACCAUGGGUGCCUACGAACCCGCAAUUCUCGGAGCGGCGCUGAAAUACGGGAAACGAAAGCGCCAAGCGGACAGGAAGAGUCAUUGAUAUAUGGAGAAUGCGCGAUGCGGAGAGUUCCCUCGGAUAGUACACGUGUACUGGCAUCGAGCGUCAGAGGUCCUCCGUAAGAAUGUAGAUGUUCCGGUUCUGUUGAAUACCAGUUGUUUGUUAAAAAAAAAAAACGUGUUUCAUGCUUUGGCCGGGCAGUGACGUGAAGCUAACUUGUAGCCAAAGUGGAUAGCUGUGUCCAUCUACACCCGGCGUGAACGAUUUGUGACGAUUUUUUCCGGGAAAAAAGUCUAGGAUACACGCCUGAAAGACGGUAGCAGCUGACUUGUAGCAAACCAGUGGAUAUAUGUAGUGGGGAGGAGAAAUAUUGUAAGAAAUGUGUGUAUGAGAUGCAUCUUGUGGUUGAGCUUGGGGUGGUAACAUUUUGGUGCUAUGACAUGUUGUAGGUGGCUGUCGACACGAGGUGUGGCAUAAAGAGGUUAGGUUGUUUUGAAGUCAUGUUUGGUCUACAGAUAAUGAACUCCUGUAAGUGUACACAGCAUUUGGUAUCAUGUACUGCUGUUUAGAAAUUCUGAUCAUUAUCGGAAACACGGAUAGCAUUUAAUUUGAGCGCGUUGUCACUUGCUGUGUGGCACCAUUAAUUUCACUGCGGAGUGAACUGGGAAUACGUUCGUAAUACCAGGCAAGUCCAAUUGCAUUCUA